AACGACAAAGCCAGAGUCAUAUGGGAGGGCGUGGUUUCAGUCGGCUGCUUUCUUUUUUGUGUCUUGAGGUUAUUUACAUUGUAGAUUUGACUGUCUUUCUCGUAGUCAAGUAGUCAUAUAUACUGGUGAGGAGUGACAAUUGAAAAAUGUCGUGGAGAUUUAAAGCUUCCAAAUACAAGAAUGCUGCCCCAAAGGUGCCCAAGCCUGAUGAGUGGGUCAGAGACCUCAACAUUGGUUCCUACCAGAUCAAUGGACAGGUUAUCAAGGCCUCAGCAUCAUUCAUGGCCUUCAACGCUGAUGUAGCAGGGAGCAACUUGUAUGUCAUUCCACUCAACGACACAGGGAGAAAGCCCAAAAACUAUCCACUCCUUCAUGCUCAUUCCGAUUUAGUCACUGAUUUGGAUUUCUCUCCUUUCGACGAUGGUUUGUUGGCUACAGGGUCCCAAGAUUCCAUGGUCAAAUUGUGGAGCAUUCCAGAGUGUGGAUUGUCAGAGACUCUGACGACGCCCGAGUGUCAGCUGACUCGCGUCCAUCAGCGUCGAAUAGAAAACGUCUUGUUCCAUCCCGUCGCUGAUUUUCUGCUCUCCACUUCGUCGGGAAAUGCCAUGACCUUGUGGGACAUUCACAAGCAACAAGAGCUCAUGACUUUGAACAACGAAGAGGAAGUCUUUCAAAGUCUGUCGUGGAAGGCGGACGGCAGCGUGUUGGCGACCACUUCCAAAGAUAAGAAAGUUCGUAUUUGGGACCCUAGAGCUAAUUCGGUUACCCAUUCGGCCGAUAGUCAUUCCAGUAACCGCGAAUCUGUAACCACCUGGCUCGGGGCUUCUAAUCGUAUUCUCACUUCCGGUUUCGAUUCGAGCCGUCAACGUCAAGUCUUUGUUCGUGAUGUGCGCAACUUUUCUCAAGUGGAAUUCUCUCUAGUCUUUGAUAGCUCAACUGGGCUGUUACUCCCACUCUUUGAUGCCGAUACUCAAAUGCUAUUCCUGGCCGGCAAAGGCGACAACACGAUCGGUUUCCACGAGGUGAACGAACGUGAUCCCAUCCUCACCGAAGGUUUGAGGCACACGGGUCAGCAAAGCAAAGGUGCUUGUCUAGUCCCUAAACGAGCGCUGCGAGUCAUGGAAGGCGAAGCCAACCGCGUCCUGCAGCUGACAGCCAACGCUGUCGUUCCCAUAUCAUAUAUUGUCCCACGAAAGUCGUACCGAGAAUUUCACGCCGAUCUGUUUCCAGAAACAGCUGGCUCGGAAGCUCCCAUCUACGCUAGUCAAUGGAUGACUGGAACCAACGCCACGGUCGAGAAAAUUCUCCUGGAUCCAAGCCGUUGGCAAGGGAAAAAUCUCCACAUCAUCCGAGGUCCUUUGAGCGAGCGCAAAGAGGAAGUCAAAGUGGUCAAGACAGUGCCUACACCCAAACCGCGAAAAACCGUGUCCGACGAGAGCAGUUUAACAUCCAACAACAUCAUGGCCAAACCUUUCGUGGCCCCCAAACCGACGCCGAGAUUCAACGAGGGGACGACAGAGAAUCAAAGCAGCCCUCGACCCGUGGCCGUCAGACGCUCGUCUUCGCUGCGCACCGGCCCGUCUGCCACGGUCGAGGAGAAGGAAAACAACACCAACGGCAACCUGACGGACAUGAGUGCCAAAAGGCGAAGUGAUAGCGACCGCACAGUCAACCAGGCCAAGAAUGGAGAAGAGGAUGACGUGUUCAAGGUUCCGACGACAGCUCAACGCCGGCAGAUGUUCCAGGACCGCAUCAAUUCCGUUCAGGAGACGUCGUCCGGCACUAGCGUCGUGGACAGCAGCUCGUCCAACACCGUCGCCGCUUCGCCGCUCCCCAAACGAGCCACUCGCAUUUUCGGUCGAGUGGCCAAAUUCCGGCACCUCCACGGCACGGUCAUGCCGCGCAAUACUCACCUGGAAAACUUCCGCGGCCUUGACAACGCUCUGCCCACCGAGUGCAACGGCUUCCACGGUAAUCCGGAACGUGUGGCCGUUCCGCUCAACGGUCCAGGCGGUCGCAUCGCUAUUUUGGAACUGAAGAAAGGCGGUCGCCUACCCGACGGCCCCCUGGCAGCCUUUUUCAAUACGUGCAAAGUGCUGGAUUUUGCCUGGGAUCCUUUCAACAACCGUCGCCUGGCCGUCGCUUGCGACGACGGACGGAUUCGCCUUUGGGAAGUGAAUGGUGACGGAGACGCCGGAAUUCUGAUGGAAUCGUCCAACGAGCCGGCCAAAAUGCUGGAAGUGGCCCAGAACACGGACCGGAUUACCAUCGUCGUUUUCCAUCCGCUGGCCAACGACGUGAUGGCUUCCGUUUCUGCCGACUACGUCAUCCGCGUCUGGGACAUUCAGACCGGAUCCGUCACUAUCCAACUGGAUCCCCAUCCCGACCAGGUUUUCGGAGUGGCGUGGAGUCCGUGCGGAUCGUAUAUCGCCUCGGUGUGCAAGGAUGGCAAGGUGCGCAUAUUCGAGCCCCGUGCCGGCCGGACGGCCAUUCGUCAAGGUGCCGGACCCAAUGGCGUCAAAGGCGCUCGUGUUACCUGGGCCCUGGACGGCAAAUUUCUCUUGGUCUCCGGUUUUGACAAGUCGUCGCAGCGACUUUUGUACGUUUUCCGCUCGACGGAUCUAAGCGCUUCGCUGAAUACGCUCAACCUGGACGUCUCGCCCACUCUACUCAUUCCGUAUUACGACGAGGACAGCGCCACACUCUUCCUGACCGGAAAGGGAGACACCACAAUUCAUUGUCACGAAGUGUCGGAAGAUCAUCCGCACCUUUUCCCGCUGAGCCACCACAAAUGUUCGACAGCCCUUCAGGGAUUGGCUUUGAUGCCAAAACACGUCUGUCAAGUGAAAGAUGUCGAAUUUGCCCGUUUCAGCACGUUGACAUCCAAUUCGAUCGAGCCUCUGUCUUUCACAGUUCCCCGUGUCAAGAACGAUUAUUUCCAGGAUGAUUUGUUUCCGCCCACCAAAGUGCUGUGGGAGCCGACGAUGACGGCCAGCCAGUGGUUUGGCGGCGCCAACCUUCCACCAAAGCGGAUGGAUCUCAAGCCAAACGACAUGGAAACGCUUUCCAGUUUGAAGGCUCAGUCGACGACGCCAUCAGCCACGACGGCUCCUCCCAUCGUCGAGCCGAUCGUAUCGGUGACCAACGGCGGCGGAGGCAUCGGCGGCGGCUUCUUAUCCGCUGUCAGCGCGCGCAAAGAGCGUGAAAAAGGAGCCCAGCUGGAAGCGGCCAUCAGUUCUCAACUGGAGGUGAAUCUGACGCUAGAGCAGGACGAAAUGGUCGGAGUCGACGAAUCGGAAUGGGAUAAUUAACGAACCAUUCCAACAGCUGGAUGGCUUGCGGGGAUCAACCGGAAAUAAAAAAGGAAAAAAACAAUUGAAUGGCUUCUCUUCUUCUUCUUCUUAGACUUUCAGCGUCAUAAUCAUAUCCAAUGGAAACGUAAAAUUAAUUAAAAAUCAUAAUAAUAAUUUUCCCAUUUUUUUCUUUUUCUUUUGUGUCCCUAAACCCAAAACUCUUUAAUUUGUUUUCUCGACGUCUUUAUUUUCGUCUUUAAUCAGUUUUUGAGUGUUUGUGAUCGUUGCUCUCCCCUUAUCAGAUAAAUUGAGCUUUCUUCGUG